AAGUAAUACUAGUAGCACAGUCCAAGCAAGCCUGAGAGGUUCCCUGUGUCCCGGUUACCUCUGUGGAAACUGUCUAAUGGUAAAGACUGUUAUCCACCUAUUCUAAGUAAAAGUUCAAGUUGCUUCAAAUCCUUGCUGUGUACCUUCAUUCAUUGCAUGCUGUUUUUGGGCUGGUUGUCGGCAGUGCCCUAUAACAAAACAACCACAUCCUGGCGUCACGAACACUAGGCGUUAACAACAUCUUGCCCCCAGGAUUAAUUCUAUCAGAUCCCGCUACCUACACUGUAACACCCCGUGGUCACCACAUCUCUUUUGGCAUCCCAAGAACAGGAUACGGGUGUGUGCCUUUAACUAUUCAACCACCAGGCCACCCGCAACAAGAAAAUGGAUGUAUACCAUUAUUGCAAGAGCCACUUUUCCUCCCCCCUAUUCAGAACUGUGAUUGUAAAAUUGUCCGGAGCUGUCGCAAGCUGCCACCGAAAUUGCGCCCAAAAAUGUACGGGACAAUGUCAGGUAAAUUGUGCUUUGCCGGGGUGCAGGAAAAAGUAAGGGGGAGGUGAAGAAUACCGUGUUGUUGCUGAAGUUCCUGCAAGGGUUAAAAAUCAGUCCCGCACCAGCGGUCGCAGCUCCGCCACCGCUGGUCCUCUGCAGUCACGCCUCCUUUGCGAGCCAGAAGGAACGAAAAGGGUCUCUAGUAUUGCGGUGGGGAAGCAUUUCUUGACCGGACCCAACCGGAAUUCCUCUGGGCGCAGCAAAAAAACUAAAAGUUCCGCCAGCUGCGCCCGCUUCAGUGUACCAGACCACCGCUGCGCAGACUCUGCAGAAGCCAUCAGAAGGAUCCGGGGAGAGCAGCAGACAUCCGGGGACCCCAGAAGUGGGUCACCCAAGCUCAGUAAGACUGGAGAAGAGGGAGCCUCUGGGCCAGGAGAUGAAGAAAGAGCCUCACUGUCUGACACAGCUGUCCAAUGAAAGGUCAGAGGAUGGCCUGGGACAUUCACACGGGGACCUGGCCCUGGAUUCUUACCAUCUUCAUAUGGCUCUGCACCCGAGUUCUGUGCAAUGAUAUUUUGGGCUUAAAGUUGCCCAAUGAACCCAUCUUGACUCCCAACACUGUCUGUCUGACACUACCUGGUUUGAGUAAGCGCCAGCUGGGGCUCUGCGUGCGCAGCCCCGAUGUGACAGCGUCAGCUCUCCAGGGAAUCCAAAUCGCUAUCCAUGAAUGUCAGCACCAGUUAAAAGGGCAGCGUUGGAACUGCUCCACUUUGGAGACUGGGGGCAAAGUACCACAUGAUAGUGCUAUUCUAAAAAGAGGUUUCCGGGAGAGCGCCUUUGCCUUCUCUUUGCUGGCAGCUGGGGUCAUGCAUUCAGUAGCGACAGCUUGUAGCCUGGGCAAACUGCAAGGCUGUGGAUGUGAAUGGAAACGGAAGGGAACAGAGGAAAAGAUACGAUUAAAAUUAAACCAAUUGCAACUCCAAGCUUUAUCUAAGGUGAGGGGUCUCCCCAGAGACUUGACUCCACUGCUUCGGGAGACCCCUGAGCCCAGUCCCCAGGAUACUUGGGAAUGGGGUGGCUGCAAACACGAGCUGGAGUUCGGAGAGAAGUUCUCCAGGGAUUUUCUUGAUUCCAGAGAGUCACCAAGGGAUAUUCAAGCACGAAUGAGAAUACACAAUAACCGUGUGGGAAGACAGGCAGUGACAGAAAACAUGAAGCGGAGGUGUAAAUGUCAUGGAACCUCUGGAAGUUGCCAGUUUAAGACUUGUUGGCAUGUAACCCCAGAUUUUCGGACUGUUAGCACAUUACUUCGUGAAAAACUACAACGUGCUGUUUUUGUGAACUCCCGUAAUAAAAACAGCGGAGCCUUCCAUCCGCGUCUCAACAAGAAGCGACUGGCCCGUGAGCUUGUCUACUUUGAAAAGUCUCCAGACUUCUGUGAGAGAGACCCUCUGGUUGACUCUCCCGGUACUCAAGGAAGAGUAUGCAAUAAAACGAGCCAUCAGAUGGACAGCUGUGCCAGCCUUUGCUGUGGACGGGGUCAUAAUAUUUUAAUGCAGACUCGCCGGGAACGAUGCAACUGUCGCUUUCACUGGUGUUGCUAUGUAAUGUGCGAGGAAUGCCGGGUCACACAGUGGGUCAAUGUGUGCAAAUGAGGAGUUGUGCGACUUCUUCAUAUCUCGGUCCUCUUUAUUGCAAUUAAUUUAUUCCUUCUUAGAGCUGACAAUGUACAGUAUGUAUUUUUUGUCCUGAAAUCGCAUGGAACUUGCUCUGUGAUUCAUAGUAAUCCAAUGUCAAGGGGAAUACUAUCCAAACCAGCAUCCCCUGAAGACAAUAUCUAGACUUCCAUACAUUCCAGGAAACAUGCCAAAUGGACAAACCAUAUAUUUGGAUUUUUGUUUUAAAGAGUGGUUUACAGAGAUCAGCAAGUCCAGUUAAUCCUUGAAGGAAACACUGUGGCAUCCCAUGGUCUAGAGGAAUUGCAGUACAUAGUCAUACAAAUAAUAUACUUUCUAUAAAAGGAAGAGUAAAUAAUGAAAGAUGUUCUUUUACCAAAAUAUUCAGUUUUGGACUUGUGGAAAUCCUUGUGUAAGUGGUGUGCACUUACUCAAAUGUCUAACUCAGAGACCUCCAUGUUUACAUAUAAUUUGAUGGGGUUAGCCCAGGAGGGUCAGAGAAGAUAUAUACUUAGGAGGUUUAUUUAUUGGAGUUUGUGUACAUCUCUUAAAUUAAAGUAUACUUUAGCUUACCUUCCAUUUAAUGUUUACAUUAUUUCCACAAUAUUCUGCAAACUUAUUGUGAUAUAAAAUUAACACGAGAGUUCUGGGAAUUUAAAAGCACAGUCUGAAUAGGGGGCUAGGGCAUUAACAAGU